CUGUUUUCCCUGUGGUCGUAGUGAGUGAGUGAGUGAGUGGAAACCCGAUCCCUGUGUGUCUGCUUGGGAAUUUCGCUAAAGCACAUCAGCGGCUGCUGCCAUGGCCGAACGCCGCGCCUUCGCACAAAAAAUCAGCAGGACUGUGGCGUCAGAGGUCAGGAAGCAGAUCGCUGGGCAGUAUGGAGGCUCGCCGCAACUGUUCAAAAACCUCAAUGUUGGGACCACAACAAGCAACACGGUUCCACUCACAGAGGCGGUGGAACCGGUGGAUUUUGAGGAGUACCUCAUCACUCACCCACCGAUUGUUGAGUCCGGUCCCCUGAGGGAUCUGAUUGAGUUUCCCCCAGAUGACAUUGAGGUCAUCUACACACCCAGAGAAUGUCGCACAGUGGUGCAAGCAGUCCCUGAAGAAGGGGACACCGAUGCUCACGUCAGAGAUUGUGUUCGCUCCUACACAGAAGACUGGGCCGUUGUCAACAGAAAAUACCACAAACUAGGUACAGGAUUCAACCCCAACACGUUAGACAAACAAAAGGAGCGUCAGAAAGGUCUUCCCAAACAGGUGUUUGAAGCAGACGAGAUGCCAGACAGCAGCAGUUACCAGGAUGAUCAGGAUGAUCUGAAGCGGAGAUCGAUGUCUAUAGACGACACCCCGCGGGGCAGCUGGGCCUGCAGCAUCUUUGACUUGAAGAACUCCCUCCCUGACGCUCCUCUCCCUCACCAGCUGCACCGCGCUCCCAAUGAAGAGAUUGACAGACACAACGAAGACCAGCGCAAGACCAGCCGUCAUAGAGAACUGUUUGCUCUACACCCUGCCCUGGAUGAGGAGGAACCUAUUGAGCGCCACUGUGUGCCUGAAGUACCCAAAGAACACUUUGGCCAGCGGCUGCUCGUCAAGUGCUUGUCCUUGAAGUUUGAGAUCGAAAUUGAACCCAUUUUUGCUAGUUUGGCCUUAUACGAUGUCAAGGAAAAGAAAAAGAUAUCAGAGAAUUUCUUCUUUGACCUGAACUCCGAACAGACCAAAGCAAUGCUCCGUCCACACAUUCAGACAUCGGCCAUCUCUACUCUUGCUCGCUCUGCCAUCUUCUCCAUCACCUAUCCCUCUCAGGAUGUCUUCUUGGUCAUCAAGCUGGAGAAAGUACUGCAGCAGGGUGACAUUGGAGAGUGUGCAGAGCCUUACAUGGUCUUCAAGGAGUCAGAUGCUGCCAAGAAUAAAGAGAAGCUGGAGAAGCUUCGCAGCCAGUCAGAGCAGUUCUGCCAACGUCUGGGGCGCUACAGAAUGCCUUUUGCUUGGACAGCCAUCCAUCUGAUGAACAUUGUCAACAGUGCUGGGAGUCUUGAGAGGGACACAGAACUGGAACUGAGUCUCUCAGAGAGAAAAGGCUCGUGGUCAGAGCGGAGAAACUCGAGCAUUAUGGGAAGGCGGUCCCUGGAGAGAACCACCUGUGGGGAUGAGUCAUGUAGUCUGACAGGCUUUAGACCUGCAACACUCACUAUCACCAACUUCUUCAAACAGGAGGGCGACAGGCUGAGUGAUGAGGAUUUGUACAAGUUCCUAGCUGACAUGAGAAGACCGUCUUCAGUUCUGAGAAGACUCAGACCCAUCACAGCCCAGUUGAAACUCGACAUUUCUCCAGCUCCAGAGAACCCCCACUAUUGCUUGACCCCUGACCUUCAACAGGUGAAGCCUUACCCCGACAGUAGGGUACGCCCCACUAGGGAAAUCCUGGAGAUACCUGCCAGGGACGUCUAUGUGCCAAACACCACCUACAGGAAUCUGCUUUAUGUAAACCCUCAGAGUCUUAACUUUGCCAACCGCCAAGGUUCUGCACGCAACAUAACAGUGAAAGUGCAAUUUAUGAACGGAGAGGAUCCAAACAAUGCAAUGCCGGUGAUAUUUGGGAAAUCCAGUUGUGCAGAUUUCGCUAAAGAAGCGUACACCUCUGUGGUGUAUCAUAAUAGAUCACCUGACUUUUAUGACGAGGUCAAAAUCAAGUUGCCUGCCUCCCUGUCGGACCACCACCACAUUCUCUUCACCUUUUACCAUGUCAGCUGUCAACAAAAACAGAACACUCCUCUGGAGACACCUGUGGGAUACACAUGGAUCCCCAUGUUGCAGAAUGGACGUCUUCGUACGGGACACUUCUGUCUUCCUGUGUCUCUGGAGAAGCCACCACAGUCCUACUCUGUCCUCUCACCUGAUGUUCCUCUACCAGGAAUGAAGUGGGUGGACAACCAUCGAGGGGUUUUCAAUGUGGAAGUAGUGGCUGUUUCUACCAUCCACACACAGGACCAGUAUCUAGAUAAGUUCUUUGCCUUGGUCCACGCUCUGGACGAGCACAUGUUUCCAGUCAGGAUAGGUGACAUGCGCAUCAUGGAGAACAAUCUGGAGACGGAGCUUAAAUCCAGCAUCGCGGCUCUCAACUCGUCCCAACUGGAACCUGUGGUCCGAUUUCUUCACCUUCUGCUGGACAAGUUGGUGUUGCUUGUAGUGCGACCGCCUGUGAUUGCUGGACAGAUUGUGAAUCUGGGCCAGGCAUCCUUCGAGGUCAUGGCGUCCAUAGUAAACCGGCUUCAUAAGUACCUGGACACCAGCCAAGACAUGCACGGACGCAACAGCCUGCUGUCCUCCUACAUCCACUACGUUUUCCGCCUGCCCAGCAAUGACCCCAAUUCUCCAUCACCAGGUCCCGGAGGUUUAGGGGGGUCGGUGCACUACGCCACCAUGGCUCGCUCGGCAGUUCGACCGGCCAGCCUCAAUCUCAACCGCUCUCGUAGCCUUAGCAACAGUAACCCAGACAUAUCCGGUACGCCCACAUCUCCUGACGACGAGGUCCGUUCCAUCAUAGGCAGCAAGGGCUUAGACCGCUCCAACUCCUGGGUGAACACCAUGGGCUGUAAGAGUGCUCCCUGGGGAUCCAGCCCUGGGUCCACACCAGAAACCAUGCAGGCCAUGGAGCGCUGUGGCAAUCGCAUGUCUUCGCACACUGAGAGCGCCAGUUUCUUGCAAACUUUAACUGGACGGUUGCCCACAAAAAAGCUUUUCCAUGAAGAGUUGGCCCUUCAGUGGGUAGUGAGCAGUGGCAGUGUCAGAGAGGGCGCUCUACAGCAGGCCUGGUUUUUCUUUGAACUCAUGGUGAAGAGCAUCAUCCACCACCUUUACUUUACCGAGCGCUUGGAAUCACCGAGGAAGAACCGUUUUCCCGAACGCUUCAUGGAUGACAUCACUGCCCUGGUCAGCACCAUUGCGGGUGACAUUGUAUCUCGUUUUCAGAAGGACCUGGAGCUGGUGGAGAGACUUAACACAAGUCUGGCCUUUUUUCUCAAUGACUUAUUGUCAGUGAUGGACCGAGGCUUUGUCUUUACACUAAUCAGAGUGUACUGGAAACAGGUGUCCACAAAACUUUACGCUUUACAGAACCCAACACUUGAGUCUCUCAGGCUUGAUUUCCUGAGAAUCGUUUGCAGCCAUGAACACUACGUCACCCUCAAUCUGCCCUGCAGCCUGCUCACACCUCCUGCCUCACCCUCACCUUCCGUAUCUUCAGCAACUUCGCAGAGCUCUGCGUUCUCCACGCACGUCCAGGAUCAAAAGAUAGCCAACAUGUUUGAGUUGUCUGUCCCCUUCAGAGAGCAGCACUAUCUGGCAGGACUGAUACUGUCUGAGCUGUCUGUGAUACUGGAUCCAGACAAUGAAGGGAUGUUUGGUCUGCAUAAAAAGGUCGUAAGUGUUGUUCACAACCUCCUGUCUAGUCAUGACUCCGAUCCACGCUAUGCAGAUCCUGAGGUCAAGGCCCGUGUUGCUAUGCUAUACCUCCCUCUAAUUGGCAUCAUCAUGGAAACACUACCACAGCUCCAUGACUUUACUGAAUCCCACAACCAGUGGGGUAGAACAGGUGGUCCUCAGGGAGCAGUGUUGGGCAACAGUGGAGAAGAGACAGACGGGGAGGGCAACAAUAUGAUCAAUCAAAAUGUGGCCAUGGCAAUAGCUGGCACAUCCACACCCCUUCCCAUGUCCCGACCAAACAGCUUUCUGCUGAACUCGCAGGCAAAUCGUCAACACGGAAGCUUCUCGGCUGAGUCAAGUCGCAGCCUUCUUAUCUGUUUGCUGUGGGUACUGAAAAACGCUGACGAACUGGUGUUACAGAAAUGGUUCACAGAUUUGUCAGUUUCUCACCUCAACCGUCUGCUGGAUCUUCUCUACCUCUGUGUCUCAUGCUUCGAGUACAAGGCCCAUGUUGUGUUCACCAUGCAGGGAAAGAAAGCCUUUGAAAGAAUGAACAGUUUGACCUUUAAGAAGUCCAAAGACAUGAAAGCUAAGCUGGAAGAGGCCAUAUUGGGUAGCAUCGGAGCCAGACAAGAGAUGGUGCGUCGUAGCCGUGGACAGCUUGAACGGAGUCCAUCAGGCAGUGCUUUUGGGAGUCAGGAGAACCUUCGCUGGAGGAAGGACAUGACUCACUGGAGACAAAACAGUGAGAGGAUGGACAAGAGUCAGAGAUCAGUCAGGACCAGAGCAGAGCUGGAGCAUGAGGCACUUAUUGAUGGUAACCUAGCAACAGAGGCCAACCUAAUAAUCCUUGAUACUUUGGAGAUCAUUGUCCAGACUGUGUCUCUGACCGAGUCCAAGGAGAGUGUCCUGGGUGGAGUACUGAAGGUACUUCUCCACAGCAUGGCCUGUAACCAGAGCGCUCUCUACCUGCAACACUGUUUUGCCACUCAGAGGGCGCUGGUGUCAAAGUUCCCAGAACUAUUGUUCGAGGAGGAGACAGAACAGUGUGCUGAUCUGUGCUUAAGGCUACUGAGGAGCUGCAGCAGCAGCAUUAGUACCAUCAGGGCCCACGCCAGCGCUUCCCUCUAUCUCCUCAUGAGACAAAACUUCGAGAUCGGCAAUAAUUUUGCCAGAGUGAAGAUGCAGGUCACCAUGUCUCUGUCCUCACUGGUGGGAACUUCUCAGAACUUUAACGAGGAGUUCCUGCGCCGCUCACUGAAGACCAUCCUCACGUACGCAGAGGAAGACCUGGAGCUGAGAGAGACCACGUUUCCAGACCAGGUCCAGGACCUGGUCUUCAACCUGCACAUGAUCCUGUCAGACACAGUGAAGAUGAAGGAGCACCAGGAAGAUCCAGAGAUGCUGAUUGAUCUCAUGUACAGAAUUGCUAAAGGUUACCAGACGUCUCCAGACCUGAGGCUGACGUGGCUCCAGAACAUGGCAGGAAAACAUUCGGAGAGGAACAACCACGCGGAGGCUGCUCAGUGUCUUGUUCACAGCGCUGCUCUGGUGGCAGAAUAUCUGAGCAUGUUGGAGGAUCGCAAAUAUCUCCCCGUGGGCUGCGUCACCUUCCAGAACAUUUCCUCAAACGUCCUCGAGGAAUCAGCAGUGUCAGACGACGUAGUGUCUCCAGACGAGGAGGGCAUUUGUUCCGGCAAAUACUUCACAGAGAUCGGUCUGGUGGGGCUGUUAGAACAGGCUGCUGCCUCCUUCUCCAUGGCCGGCAUGUACGAGGCAGUGAACGAGGUUUACAAGGUACUGAUCCCUAUCCACGAAGCCAACAGGGAUGCUAAAAAGCUGGCCACCAUUCACGGUAAACUACAGGAAGCCUUUGGGAAAAUUGUUCAUCAGAGUACUGGCUGGGAGAGGAUGUUUGGUACGUACUUCAGAGUUGGAUUUUAUGGUUCGAAAUUUGGCGACCUGGACGAGCAAGAGUUUGUCUACAAAGAGCCUGCAAUCACGAAGCUGGCGGAAAUCUCUCACAGGCUGGAGGGUUUCUAUGGGGAGCGUUUUGGAGAAGACCAGGUUGAAGUCAUUAAGGACUCCAACCCCGUGGACAAGUGUAAGCUGGAUCCUAAUAAGGCGUUCAUCCAGAUAACCUACGUGGAACCCUAUUUCGACACGUACGAGAUGAAGGACCGCAUCACAUACUUUGACAAAAACUACAACCUGCGUCGCUUUGUUUACUGCACACCCUUCACACUGGAUGGCCGGGCACACGGAGAUCUGCACGAACAGUUCAAGAGAAAGACUAUUCUCACCACCUCGCACGCCUUUCCUUACAUCAAGACACGGAUCAACAUCAUCCACAAAGAAGAGAUCAUUUCCACGCCCAUCGAGGUUGCGAUAGAGGACAUGCAGAAGAAAACCCAAGAACUGGCUUUUGCCACCCAUCAGGACCCUGCUGAUGCUAAGAUGUUACAGAUGGUCCUUCAGGGAUCAGUUGGUACUACUGUCAACCAGGGUCCCUUAGAGGUGGCUCAAGUUUUCCUCUCAGAAAUCCCCAGUGACCCUAAACUGUACAGACAUCACAAUAAACUACGGCUCUGCUUCAAAGACUUCACCAAGAGGUGCGAAGACGCCCUUCGCAAAAACAAGAGCCUGAUUGGGCCGGACCAGAAGGAGUACCAGAGAGAGCUGGAAAGGAACUACCACCGACUGAAGGAGGCGCUGCAGCCCCUCAUCAACAGAAAGAUCCCUCAGCUUUAUAAACCUGUACUGCAGGUCAACUCACACAGCAAACGGACGGCUUGACAAGAGAUUCCUUCAGCAGAAUCAGUCUUCGCAAGUUCGACAUUUGAAGACAACCCUGACACACUAAAACACACCCUACAGGUUCACGAAACACUACCAAAAUUGCGAUUAUUUAUUUAUUCUGAUAGUGUAAAUAAUUCUGUCUUUUGAAAGUUGGUUGUUGUUUUUAAGGCUGAGCUGCAAAGGUACGUCAUUCCAGUGUCAUAAUCUGUUUACAGACCAACUGUUACAAGUGGACUUCGAACAAAGGCGACCCCUUGAGUUUUAUUUAUUGGCCAUUUGUUUCAAUGGGGAUCAAAUGAUAAUAACGAUAAUUUUUUCCAAGUGUCACCUUAAAAAAACCCCACGAGCAUUCACUAUUAUCAAAAACCACAGUAUGUUAAAAUAUCACAAUGGUACAGUGCCAAAAAAUGUUGUCUGGCCAAAAAAGUGACUGUAAAGGAAAAAAGGUAACGUUUCUAAUUAAAAAAAAAAAAAAAAAGUUAAGGUGUCUUUUUAUUUAUGUACAAUGUGUCAACACUAAAGUCUGUAUUCAAUAUCAUGUGUGCACUUUUUUAUUAUGGUGUAGCAAUGCAUUUUACAACUUGAAAGUCUAUGUAAAACUAAAACAGAUGGGAGGUUAAGAAAAAAAACAAAAAAAUGUUUUUUAAUUAUUUAACAUGACGCUUUAUCACUUUUAUUUGACGCUACGAUGUUUUAAAGUGAAGUACUUUAAGGUACUGCCUGUAUUAUUUACUGUAGUUUGUUUUAUUUUAAAUAUUUUACAAAAUAAAUAUUUUAAUGUUCACUC